CGGUCUCGGUCUAAAAUUCUGUGUUUGAAAAGUUUUCAGUUUUUCUCUUUGAUUCGGCUUUCAACUUGCUAAAAUCUAGAUAUGGCAAAAGACAAGGACGAGAAGAAAGAAAAGAAGGAAAAGAAGGAAAAGAAAGAAAAGAAAGAAGAAGCCGAGGAAGCCGCUCCAGCUGAAGCACCGGCCCCAGCAGCCGCAGAAGAAGAAGCCCCCAAACCGAGUUUCGCCGAACCCAAAAAAAAAAUUGGUAACGUAUUCGCCCUCUUUAACCAAGCGCAGAUCCAAGAAUUCAAAGAAGCUUUCACGCUGAUUGACCAAGACCGUGAUGGGAUAAUUGGACCUGAUGAUCUAUCGGCCAUCUACACACAAAUUGGUCGUGACCCCGACCCAAAAGUAAUCAAGGAGUUGCUGGCCGAAUGCCCAGACAAGAUCAACUUCACUCAUUUCCUCACUCUUUUUGGUGAAAAAUUACACGGUACUGACUCGGAAGGCGCCCUGAGAGAUGCCUUCAUCAUGUUCGACGAAGAGAAGAAGGGAAAACUCCAUGAGGAAUACGUUAAAGACCUUCUGACCAAUGUCGGUGAUCAGUUCUCCAAGGAUGAGAUCAAGCAGGUAUGGAAAGAAGCGCCGAUAGAAGGCGGCCAGUUAGACUACUUGAAAUUCGUUUCCAUCAUCAAGCGAGGAAAGGAAGACGAGUAAAAAAGACCGACCGAAUACCGACCGAAUAUUCAUCGAUUCAUUUCUACUCGUUCUUUAACUAUUAUUACUUCACUCGAUCCGAUUUCAUUUAAUUAUUACAUAUAUUAUAAUUAUAAUGAAUAAAUUAUUUUGGUAAAUAAAUUUAUUAUAUUAUAAUUAUUGUUCUUGGGGCAAUGCUCUUUUCUCUUCUUUGAAGUGUCUUUGUUUAUGAAUAAACCGAAAAAAAAACAAU